UCUAUAAAACUGCUUCAUCUAAAACUUUAAAUGUUUAAGAGAAAUAUGUCCCAAAACCGUUCUGAACUUGUAUUUUUCACUUAUUUACUUGCUCCAUUAUCAUAUUGAAUCGUCGUGCCUAAAAUCUUAACACUCAUUUCGUUUGUCCUUUUUUUCUGGUUAGAAGCUUUCACUGCGUCAAUCCAUGAGGAUAAUAGCAGUGAUACUCUGUGGCGCUUGUCCUUCCUCGGCCAUGACAAGCAAAUGCUGAAAUGAUAGAUGGAUCCAUCACACUUUUUCCUCAGCCAAAGAAACAGCAAACUAAACGACCCUUCCUAUAUAAACACUUGCCCUCAUUCAUAAACCAAACUACAAGAACCUAACAAAACCAACAGAGACUGAAACUCUAAUCCAGAAAAGGCUCUACACCUUUUCUUAAUGCCCAGAAUAAUCUUCUGUCUUUACUCUCGCCGAGCAAACAAUAGAAGUCGAGAAUUCUCAUAAUCUAGACAUAGAAUCUUUUGCUUGAUUGCUUUAUUUAUGGAACCAUUUCACACUGGAAUCAGCAAACCAAUUCCGUAUGCCAAUGUUGCCUCUACCCCCAACAUUGGUAGCACGAGUGGCAUUACGACCACUCCAUGGAUGGACACUAGGAUAUGGAGGAGGCUCCCACAAAAAUUGGUCGAUCGAGUUAUUGCGUUCCUUCCCCCACCGGCCUUCUUUCGAGCCCGGGCAGUUUGUAAAAGAUGGUAUGGUCUCGUAUUUUCCAACAACUUUCUUGAACUGUACAUGCAAAUAUCGCCCCACCACCACUGGUUCCUGUUCUUUAAGCAUAAAAGCCUCAAGAACCAUGUCUACACAAACUACAGUGGGAACAACGGCUCUGGCAGACCAAACUAUGAAGGGUACCUUUUUGAUCCUUACAACGUCAAGUGGUACCGCAUUACCUUCCCUUUGAUCCCGCCCGGGUUUUCCCCUGCUUCGUCCUCAGCUGGUUUAAGCUGUUGGGUGUCUGAAGAGGCCGGUUCAAAGAGUAUCCUUUUAUGCAAUCCACUCAUAGGGUCUCUAAUUCAAUUGCCAUCAACGCUAAUGCCAAGGCUCUUCCCUUCAGUUGGCUUAACCAUCACCAACUCCUCCAUAGAUUUGGCUUUUGCAGGAGAUGACUUGAUUUCUCCUUAUGCAGUCAAGAAUUUAACUUCGGAAAGCUUUCAUAUCGAUGAAGGGGGAUUCUAUUCCAUAUGGGGAACGACUGCUUCUCUUCCGAGGCUUUGUAGCCUCGAAUCAGGCCAAAUGGUUCCGGUGAAAGGGCGAUUUUACUGCAUGAAUUAUAGCCCAUUCAGCGUCUUAGCUUACGAUAUUGCCAUGAAUCACUGGUGCAAGAUUCAGGCUCCCAUGCACAGAUUCCUACGCUCCCCUAGCUUGGUCGAGAGCAGAGGAAAACUCAUAUUAAUUGCAGCGGUUGAGAAGAGCAAGCUUAACAUUCCUCGAAGCUUGAGACUCUGGGUUUUGCAAGAAUGCAGGACAAUGUGGGUCGAGAUAGAGAGAAUGCCACAGCAACUGUAUAUCCAGUUCGCCGAAGCUGAAGGCGGCCGAGGAUUCAACUGUGUUGCACAUGGUGAAUUCGUCGUCAUACUCAUCCGACAGUCGGAGAAAGCAUUAUUGUUUAAUUUCAGCAGAAAGAGCUGGGUAUGGAUACCUUCAUGUCCUUGCGCGAAUGGAAGCGGAAUGACUGCGGAAAAUGGUAACGAGUUGCACGGUUUUGCCUACGAGCCUAGGCUUGCUACACCAAUUGCAGCUCUUCUCGAACAACUUACUCAUCCCUUCCAGUCUUUCACUGCAUAAGCCCUGAAUAAGUACGUAGUUUCCACAAGCAAUGCAAUAUUAGGUCCAGUUUCCAAGUGUAUUGAGAAGCCUGUAUCAGAAGGUGGUUCAAAAAUAGUACAAAUAUUUAGCCCUUCAUCAAUGGAUAUCUCAAUAUAUUCAUUCCAAAAUGUUAAAUAGUAGCUGGAACAAGAAU